AUGGUCUACGCCGUGGACGUUCUCUACGGCCUGUGGGAGCCCAUCCUCUUCCUCGGCCUCUCCGCCGCAUACCUCCCAUCAACUUUCCUCCAGAUCCUCCGCGACCGCGAGUGGGGGGCCUUGGCAUCAUUCGACCAGUUCAGCUACAUCUGGUUCGCCAAUCUCUGGCGGUUUGCGGGUCCUGUGGUGCGCGAAGGAGCAGAAGCCCGCGUCGUGCCUCUUCUACAAGGCCGAGUCCGUGCUGGAGCGAUUGUCGGUCCUGACGAUGGCGACUCUCCCCUUCCAGCGGGUGUUGGUGGCACAGUGAUCGAGAUUGGCCCUGGUAGCGGCAACUGGGUCAACAUCUUCUCCGACAAGUACCUCCUUGACCACGCGAACAACAAGGCUGACGGUGGCUACCGCACUCGUGUCGACAAGGCCUACGGUAUUGAGCCCAACGCUGAUCAUCACACUACACUCCGUCAACGUGUCCGUGACUCUGGUCUCGAAGGGCGUUACGAGGUCGUGCCUAUGGGCAUUCAGGACAUUGGCGCCUCUGGUCUCAUCGCGAAGGGUAGCGUCGACGCCAUCGUGACGGUAAUGUGCCUCUGCAGCAUUCCGGAACCAGAGAAGAACAUCCGCGAGCUCUACACGUACCUCAAGCCCGGUGGUCGCUGGUUCGUGUACGAGCAUGUCAAGUGUCAUCGCUCCCAAGGAACGUUCAUGUCUGUAUAUCAACGUCUUCUGAACGUCAUCUGGCCUUCUUUCAUGGGUGGCUGCGAUCUCUGUCGCGACACGGCAACGUCGCUGUUCGCUGCUGGUGACUGGACGGAGUUCGACCUCGCCAUGCCUGUUGACGAGCCGUGGUGGGCCACAACGCCGCACACGUACGGUAUUCUUACCAAGUAG